AAAUUGAAAAUAAAAACCUAGGUGAAGAGAAAACAUAGGUUGCUGCUGCUAACACUGGUUUGGUUUUUUUUUCUCAGACAUAUCUCUGUGUAACGUUGUUCUCAGCUUCAUUGAGAAGAAAGAAACAUAUUAAUGGCAACAAAAGCUUUGGCCUUCACUUUUUCUUUCAAUGACCUCUUUGGUUCCAAGGCGCCGCCACACACCUCUGCAAAAGUUUCUGUCUUUUCUGUUAGAUGUUCUUCUGGUAAUGGGGAAAGGCCAUGGAAAAAUUCAGAUGCUAGACUUUUGCUGGAAGAUGGUUCAAUUUGGAAAGCUAAAUCAUUUGGUGCUUCAGGAACCCAAGUUGGUGAAGUUGUUUUCAAUACAUCUUUGACUGGGUAUCAAGAAAUUUUAACUGAUCCUAGUUAUGCUGGCCAGUUUGUGCUCAUGACAAAUCCACAUAUUGGGAAUACUGGCAUAAAUUUUGAUGAUGAAGAAUCAACAGAGUGCUUCCUUUCCGGUCUAGUAAUUAGAAGUUUGAGUAUCAGUACCUCGAACUGGAGAUGUGUGAAAGAUUUGGGCGAUUACUUAACUGAAAGGAAUGUCAUGGGAAUUUAUGAUGUUGAUACACGAGCAAUCACACGUAGAUUACGGGAAGAUGGCAGCCUUAUUGGUGUUUUGAGCACUGACAAUUCCAAAACAGACGAGGAAUUACUUCAGAUGUCUAAAUCAUGGGAUAUUGUUGGUAUUGAUCUGAUAAGUGGAGUAUCGUGCAAGUCUCCAUAUGAAUGGGUUGAUAGAACAAAGGAAGAAUGGGAGUUUAGCUCCAGUGAAGGGCCUAGAGAUACUUUCCAUGUAGUUGCAUACGAUUUUGGAAUAAAGCAUAAUAUACUUAGGCGUCUAGCAUCAUAUGGCUGUAAAAUCACUGUUGUGCCGUCUACAUGGCCAGCAUCCGAAACUUUGAAGUUAAAUCCAGAUGGUGUACUUUUCAGCAAUGGUCCUGGAGAUCCUUCUGCUGUUCCUUAUGCCGUUGAAACAGUAAAGAAUAUCAUUGGAAAGGUGCCUGUUUUUGGAAUUUGCAUGGGACAUCAACUGCUAGGCCAGGCUUUAGGAGGUACAACCUACAAGAUGAAAUUUGGUCACCAUGGAGGAAAUCAUCCUGUUCGUAACCUUCGAACUGGCCGUGUUGAAAUUAGUUCUCAGAACCACAACUAUGCAGUUGACCCUGCCACACUGCCUGAAGGAGUAGAAGUUACUCAUAUCAAUCUCAAUGACAGUAGUUGUGCCGGUCUUGCUUUCCCUGCUCAAAAGAUUGUGUCUCUUCAGUACCACCCUGAAGCUUCUCCUGGACCUCAUGAUUCUGACAACGCUUUUCGGGAGUUUAUAGAGCUAAUGAAGCAUGAGAAAAACCAAACACCGAAUGAAAACCUACACCAACUACAAUCAGUGUAAUAAUCAUUAAAGUGAGCUGCUAUCCCACCAGGCUGGAAGAAUAAAUUAUUAAAGUAUGUGAUAAAAGCUCAGGUUCUUAGUAGUUUCUAUCUAUGGUUUGUAGAUGAAUAAGGACUUCCUUGGGGUUGAUCAAGAUUUUCUUGUGUCUAUCUUCUUUUUGUACAAGGGCAAGCAGCCGAUUGUCAUAGGCUCGUAGCCUUCAUUGAAGAAGGUUAAUGUACUCAAUGUAGCACCGAGAAGAGAACUGUGUUUUUAGCUUAGCUAUUUUUACAACUUGGAAUGUGGGGAGUGAAAUUUAUAAUAGAGUACUAGACCUUUGCUUUAUUUGCUAUCAAUCCCCAUUCCUAACCUAUUCGAUGAAGAAAUUGUGCAAUAAACAUUUUUUACUUGAAUGAAAUUUUUGUGAUGGAAGAA